AUGCAGCUGCGCUGGAGCGGCCACCUGGUGCGCAUGGACGACGAGCGACUACCCAAACGCCUCUUCUACGGAGACGUCGCGACGGGUUCUCGUCGUCAAGGAGGCCAAAUUCGCCGUUACAAGGAUACUCUGAAGUCCUCCCUGAAGCGCCUGCAAAUCAACCCGACCAACUGGGAAGAGCUCGCUCGCGAUCGUCCGACAUGGAGGAGAACAGUGAAGACGGGCGCUGCUAUCUAUGAAGCCAACCGAAUCGCCGCCGCCAAAGCGAAACGCGAAGCCCGCAAAUCACAACUUCGCCCAGUCCGCAACGCCGCCGCACAACCGCUCCCAACGUGUCCUCGAUGUCAACGGACAUUCCGGGCACGAAUCGGACUUGUUGGACAUCUUCGAACCAACUGCACCUCCCGAACUGCUCCAGCCAUCGUCCCCCCGCCCGCCUCUUUCUCCUCUCUUCCGCCAACUAACUCUGACACUCCUUCUGCACCACCAAUUCCAUCCUCCUCGUCCUCGUCGUCCUCCUCCCUCUCCACUGCCCCAGCGGCGGCCGUUCAGACUGCUGUCUCACACAUCACCAACACCAACACAGCAACCAACAUCACCUCUCCCAACUCUCCCGAUUCCAGUGAUGAGGAUCAGGACUACACCUGCCCUCACUGUGACCGCACCUUCACCUCACACAUCGGCCUGGUCGGUCACUUGCGAAUCCAUCGCACAGAGACUGGUGAACCAGUGCCUGGAGCACCAACCUACACCCACCGCACUCGCCUCCACUGCCCACACUGCCCUCGCACCUUCAGGCAUCGCAUGGGUCUAUUCGGCCACAUGCGCAUCCACGAGAGCAGAAUUGACCACAAUUCCGAUACAGCCACGACAUCCAACACAUUCACCACGCCCAGACCAAUCCUCGCUCCACCGUCACACGCGCCAAUAACCACCACCGCCACCACCACUAACACCACUGCUUCCUCAACAGCUGACACCGACACCGCCGACCUCUCAUGCCCACAUUGUCCACGCACCUUCACCUCACGCAUCGGCCUGGUGGGUCACUUGCGAAUCCAUCGCACAGAGACUGGCGAACCAGUGCCUGGAGCACCAACCUACACCCACCGCACUCGCCUCCACUGCCCACACUGCCCUCGCACCUUCACGCAUCGCAUGGGUCUAUUCGGCCACAUGCGCAUCCACGACGACCUGCGGUAG